AGAGUUUACUCCGAUUUAAUUUAAGUUAUGAAUAUUGUGAAGAGGAAAACAUACUCUGGCUAAGGUCCGACAGCUACACAACUGGUACGAGGCUGACGGCAGCAAAAGAAAACUUGCCGAUAAAAAGAGGAAAAUGUACUAAUGACCGGAUCCCGCCCCAAACCCUGCCGAAUAAUGAUCAGAGAUAUUGUCAUAGUGCGCCAUCCUGUUAAUGUGUGUGUACCUGUGAAACACAAAGUGACUCUGAGUGUCCGUGCUGAGGGCUCAGGUAUCCUGCACUACCAGUGGUUCACUGAGAAGGACGAGGUGCGUGGUGGCACUAAUGCAGACCUGACCAUCAAAGCUCAAAAAACUCAGCUCUUUGUUUGCCGAGUGAAUGACAAUUUUUGUAACUGCGUGUUCAGUGACUGGGUGAAAGUGAAGGUGCUGGACAUUGAUAAAUCAGGUUUGCCAUUGCAAUGGGAGGGUGAGCCCCACAUCGCUGUCAACCCUAAACCCCAGAUAGUCCAACAAGCUGCAAAACUUACACUCCGCUGUGCCGCCUUCGGCAAACCGGCCCCACACUAUCAGUGGUACAGAAAUGGGCAACCACUGCUGGACAAGACUAGUGACACGCUCCAGAUUGACUGUGCCACAGCUGAGCAUGGAGGAUCAUACCUGUGCUCGGUGUCUAACGUGCUACAGGAGACCUGGACUGAACCAGUCGAUGUUGACAUUGUGCAAAAUGAUCAACUUCCUCGUGCAGCACUCACAGCCACGGAUAAAGUUGCCCUACUUAUUGGCAACUUGAAUUACUUCAACCACCCCGGUUUGAUGGCCCCCGUUAUGGAUGUACAUGAGCUGGCCAACCUCCUGCAGCAGCUUGGCUUCAGAGUGGUUUCCCUGCUGGAUCUCACCAUGGAGGAGAUGCUGGCUGCAAUUGACAAGUUCAUUCAGCUCCUCGACAGAGGAGUUUAUGGCCUUUUCUACUAUGCGGGCCAUGGGUACGAGCGUGCUGGGAGGAAUUACUUGGUAGCUGUUGAUGCUCCACAACCAUACCGACCUGAAAACUGUGUCUGUGUGCAGAGGGUCAUGCUAGGCAUGCAACAAAGACGGACUGCGCUGAGCGUAAUCCUACUGGAUACCUGUAGAAAAUGGUACAACCAGCACUGCAUACCGUCAACCAUCAUGCCAUUGAAACCCAGUGGGAAUACCAUUUAUGGUUAUGCCACAUGUGAAGAUGCUGAGGCUUUUGAGGUCCAGGAUGGGGGAAAGAGCACUGGAAUCUUCACUAAGUACUUGAACAAGCACAUCCUACAGUCUGAGAAAGUCACACAUGUCUUAGAGAAGGUGUCUGAGGAUCUAGGCAGAGACCCUCUGGUCACAGGCAAGCAGGCGGUGGAGAUCAAACACACCCUAAAGGAACCUCGAUCCCUUGCAGAUCCAGUUUGGACCACCGGCCACACAAGGGAACUACACCUGAGAGAUGUCUGCUGGAGACAAGCAAAUGAGCUGCCACAGAAGAAGCGGCUGAUGUUUCUUUGCGGAGUAGAAGUGGAAGUCAGCUUCUCGGCUUUGUUCUCCAAUAUCUUGGUGGCUUUUGCCACUUUGAAGACUAAAGGCCCCCGAACCCAGGACUGCACCAUCACUCUGAGCAGCAUACCUCUAUUGGAAGACACAUUCUCCGGCCCUGGCAGGUCAGAGGAGAUGGACUCUCUACUAUUUAAGUCAUCUGAUAACCCAGACUGUACUCUGCGACUUUGUGCUCUUCAAAAGCUUAAGGAAUCGCUGGUCAUCAAGGUGGAUUUACACUAUACUCACACGGAAAAUAGGCUGCGACUUACAGAAAGCCAACAGGUGGACAUAGGAAAGCCGAUGGUGGCAUCCUGUAAAUUGUACAAGAGAAAUACAGCAACAGCCUACAAACAAGAAGGUGCUUCUGCUCAAACUAUGGGCAACAUUUCAAGCAGCAAACCACCGCUGCAUCAGACUCUGGCUGGUCCAUGUCGCCCUUUUACCAGAAAGGCAGAGUGUGCUGCUAAAGUUGCAGUUACAAGGAGCAACGAACCUGAGGAGAACGAUGAGAAUGAACUACAAGACUUCACUUUUGGACAUUAAGGCCCUUUUGGUCCUAUUAUUGUAAAUACAGAUUUGAUUAUUUGAUGUGUUUUUACUGAUGUGAGGAGGAGUUACUCAAUUGCUGAUCAUGCAUCUUUACUUGACUGUGGUUUGCAUUUGGUUUUCACCAGCCUUCAAUCCUUAGCUCAACACUGAAGAAACAUUAACACUUAACUUUGCUCAGCACUGAUUUAAUGACAAAUUGUAUAAUACUUGGAAAGACAUUACUUGUGUAUGACACUUUUUCAAUGGCAAGCUGGCUAGCCUAAUUUAUAAUUACUGUCAAUAAUUUAUCUAAUAAAAACUACACCUUUCAUCACUA